AUGCAAUCCUACAACUACAACACUACAACAGCGACAUUCACCACUGUGGCUCAAAUGCCUACCUUUCAGUCUUUCACCACAUCCCUAAUCGCAUUAAGCAGACCAACAACCAGCACUGCCAUAGACCCCCUCUACCAGCCCUCGGAAGUGUACAACAGCAACAGGACAGAGGAUAUGCACCAGUUUCAGGCGUUUGCUCCACAGGCACCGACCGUGGCCGAGUAUGCCUUCCCCAGCGUGCUCCAGUUCCUCCAGUCGGAGUGGCGUCGAUUCGAGCGUGAUAGGAAUGAAUGGGACAUCGAAAAGGCUGAGAUGAAGGCAAGGAUCGCCUUCCUUGAAGGCGAGAAGCGCGGAGUGGACAAUACAAAACUUGAUCUUAUGAAGCGUGUCAAGAUGCUUGACAAUGGCAGCAUAAACGGCGAUGCCAUGACCAAUGGUAUCAUCAACAACAAGGCACUCAACAGGAUGUCCACCUACAGUGCAUUUGGAAACAACAUGUCCCAAGUGAGUCCUACCUCGGCCACCAGCUUGGAUCCGGCGGGAAGGGCAAAGAGCAGGGAGUUUCUGCGGAUAUGUCUUCAGGAGAUUAGCUACCUGACGUCUUCUGUCCCACAGUCUGUCAGUAUGGCGAUGCCUCCUGUGCACAAUCGACUCUCGCGUCACGAAUCAGACAAACGUGCAGCUGGACCUAAUGGGAUCAGAGGAGCCAGCAACAAGAACCGACACAGCGACUUUUUCCCUGCUAACGUUCAUCCUGUCUCAGUCCCACCACCUCUACCCCGAUCAAACUCGGUCCCCAUUGCAACCCUUCAGACAAUCGCCAAAAGCAAGGCUGCAGGAGCUCAGCAGGCACAGGAAAGCAACGGCAACGACACCGAUGUGACCGCGCACCCAGAAGAUGACGAUGUGGAGCAGCGUACUUUGAACCAACGGGAAAUCACUCGUCAAUUGUCCAAGGAAGCUAAGCCCUCUGCAACAGCUUUGACUUUGGACGCUGAAUCCACCCAGACGAACGAUAUACCCGAGCAAGAGCCUACAGACGUUGCUCAUCGUACCAUUGAAGAAGAGGAAGAGGGGCCUACAGGAUUGGAGGCGUUUCAGCGAGAGGAGGCUAUUACGGUUGUCCACUCGCCUGUAUCUGCAGAGCAGUGGCGAGCUGAUUUACAAAAGGCCGGUCAGCAGAUUGGGCAGAAGUCAAAGGGCAAGAAAGUGGAAGGGAACCCAGAGGAGGAGGCUCAGCUGAGCAAGGACGUUCAGGACAAGUUCAACAUUUCCCCGGAGCGUUUAAACAAGAUGGUGAAGGAGUGGGACAGGGAUAAGUCAAAGCAAGAUGUUGGGCCCGUCAAGGCUCCAGUCAACAAGAGAAAGUCCAAGGAUGGAGUUCCAGAUGAAUUGGCUAGCUUGAGCAUUUCAGAGACCGAUAUGAUUGAAAACGGCGGCAGUGUCAAAGAGGGAGACUCCAAUGCUGAUGAACCUGUUCGUUGGCGACCCAAGGUCACAUUGCGGAGACACUUUGAUACCGUACGAUCGAUCGCAUUCCACCCAACUCACAAGUCGCUCCUCUCAGGAUCAGAAGAUGGCACCAUGAAGUACUGGAACUUGGAGACGUCCCUGAAGGAAUCCAAGAGGGCCCUGAAUGGAGAUGUUGAGCCAAUCCACACGUACCGUGGACACACCAAGGCCAUCACGGCUGUUGCUAUCUCGGCGGACCAAGACAAGUGCUUCUCAGCCAGUAUGGAUUCGACUGUCAGGUCAUGGAAACUUGUCCCAUUGAACAAGGAGGCAUUUUCUCGUCUCGAUCCCGAGAUCCCAAUGUCGCCUUUCAUUGGACAUACGGACACUGUAUGGGACAUUCGUCUCUUCCCUCUCUCGAUCUCAUCAUCCCAGCUGUUGGCCUCUAUCUCUGCUGAUGGUGCCCUCAAGAUCUGGGACACUGAGACGAAGGGAUCCCCUCUUCGUUCGUCGUGGGGUUACAAUGGAUUGGAGCCGUCCGAAUGGGCAGAACCAACAGAGGCGUAUACACCGGGUCUCACCAAGUUGCCCGUCCCUACUGGUUUAGACUUUUGCCCGACGGAUUUGAAGAAGAUGGUGGUCAGCUACUCGAACUCUGUCAUCAAACUAUUUGACAUUGAGACUGGAAAGGAGAUCUUGGCCUUCAAGAGCAACGACACUUAUGAUGGUACAGCAAAGACACAGAUCAACAAGAUUGUGUGUCACCCAACGAUGCCAGUGGUUGUGUCGGGACACGAGGAUCGGUAUAUACGCUUCUUUGACAUCAAUUCUGGAGCGUGCUCGUUCUCGAUGCUUGCACAUUUGGACUCUGUGUCGUCGUUAGAUAUUGAUCCAGCAGGAUUGGUUCUCUGCUCUGGUGGCCAUGAUGCGUCUGUUCGACUAUGGGAUAUUGCGUCCUCUACGCGCUCUUGUCUACAGGAGUUUACAGCUCACCGACGAAAAAGUGAUGAGGGUGUGACUACAGUCAAGUACCAUCCUACGUUACCAGGGCUUAUGGCGACUGGAGGAGCCGAUUCUAUUGUAAAAGUGUACUCCAGGUCAAACAUCGGCCGUGUCCAGGCCUCGGCCAUGGCCAAGACUGCCAUCGCCAAGACGCGCGUCAUGGCUCCCGUCGGCACCAGAAUCUUGUCAACUUCCCAGAACACCCAGAAGGACGUCACCGUUGCCCCUCUCAUUGAGCAGCGCAAGAACCGUCCUCUCUCCCCUCACUUGACAAUCUACCAGCCCCAGCUCACCUGGUACCUGUCCUUAUUCCAUCGUUUCACCGGUGGUGCCGUCGGUGUUGGUUUCUACGCUGGAGCUAUCGCAUACGCUCUUGGCCCCAUGGUUGGUUUGGGCUUUGAUGCUGCUGCUGUUACCUCGGUCAUUGCCACCGUCCCAGUUGGCGCCAAGAUUGCUGCCAAGUUCAUCAUUGCCUACCCCUUCACCUUCCAUUGCUUCAACGGUAUCCGCCACUUGGCCUGGGACACCACCCGCUUCAUGACCAUGAAGGGUGUCUACCAGACUGGAUACGCCGUCUUGGGAUUGAGCACUGCCUCUGCUGUUGCCUUGGCCCUCAUCUAA